CGGGAAAUUUAUAAAAGAGUGAUCCGUUGGUGCUUUCGUAGCAGUCGGUCGCAACUGUACCGUACGGAUACAGCAUUUUGGAUUAUUGAGAUUGUCAGAGGCUGAAAUCAGGAAUCAUGGGAGCAAUCGAGUGGGUCACUGGAGCUGAUGAAUAUCUGUGUCCUUUAUCUGAGGAGACACAAAAAUUAGCGAAGGAUGAAUUGAGAGAGGAUCGAAAUACUCGAGACCAGGCGCUGGAGCAGAUGAGGAACUGGAUUAAAUUAAAUCCAAGAAUUGAAAAUUCACGACUCGAUGCGCAAUUCCUUCUACGAUUUCUUCGCUGCAAGAAGUUCAAUGUUCCGAUGGCCCAGGAAGCCACUGAACGUUAUCUCCUUCUCAGAAAAGUUUAUCAUCCUGCCUUCAAUAAACUCGACAUCACCGAAGCAAAUGUCUCAGAAUUGCUUGAGCUCGGAUAUCUAUUUGCCGUACCUGGAAGAGACUCAAAAGGCCGCCGAGUGAUUGUCGCACGACCUGGUGUUUUUGAUCCAUACAAAUUCACUAACGUCGACAUGUGCAAGAUCCAUGCGAUUACUUAUGAGGCAUUGAUGGAGGAUGAAGAGAGUCAGGUGCGAGGGUUUGUACAUUUUGCUGAUGGCGCUGGUGUGAGUUUUCCCCAUUUGACCUUGUUCACACCUCGAGAAGCCGUUCGAAUUGUAAAAAAUGGAGAAGUAAGGCUUUUUAAUCCAUUGCCCAUGAAGGAAAUGAUCGCACUUUGGAGGAAAGAAUUGCUCGAGCUUACACCACGCCUCCUCUCUCAUGACAAAAUGAGCGUUCGUCUUCAUUUGUAUUCGGAAAAAGCUCGAGAAGGUGCAGUUUCAGCUUUAAAACAAGGAUUUGGAUGUGCAAGCGUUGGAAGUAGCGAUGGAACCCUCCACGGUAUUACCGGUUCCUUCAGGAAAUUGGAAGUCGAUUGAUCCCACAACCAUGCGAUUUUUUGUCCUAGGCCAAAUUUUUUAUCGUGAUGAGGAAGAUUAGGUUGUGCUUGUUAUAUUUUUGAUACAUACCGUGUGAUAUUCGGGAAAUUGUAUAUCCAUGGAGUACGUAAACCAAUUAAAAAUGGACGAAAUUUUCCACUCGCCGAAAUGAAAAAUUAAUCGACGAAUUUUCAUCGUGUGUUCUCAUGAAUUUUUUACGUGGAUUUUUUUUUUAACUUAUAGCGAAUAUUUUUGAUACUCAACAGUAAAAUAAGUU